AUGUCAUGGAAAGAGGAUGUAGCAUACGCUAUGACUCCCAUCAAAUUUUUGACUAUACCCUUGGGUGCUUGGCCCUUGCAGGAAUAUAAUAUGUUCGCUUUAGUGCGUCAUAUCGUAUCUACUGUCGGAUUGGUUGUAGCGGUGGUCGUUCAGUAUUUCGAACUUAAUUACAGUUGCACAGGAGCGUACUCGCAGCUCGACGCUCUGACGGUCUUCACGUGCGGCAUACUCGCUGUAUUAAAAAUAACAUGGUUCCGUAUAUACGCCGAUAAUCUAAUUUGCAAUUAUUCAUCCGCCAUGAGUGAUUAUCGCACGAUCGACAACGAAGUGAAACGUGCUGUUAUGCAAAAACACGCUUUCCUGGGUAGGAUAAUCUGCAUCAUCGCCCUACUUAUCGCUUAUGUUGACUCGGUGAUCUUUAUCGUGGGACAUUCGGCAGCAAGCUCGAAAGAGUUUAAGUUAAACACUUCCAUAGAAGGCCUUCGAUCGGGAUACGCUAUCCCAUCAACGUGCACCUUAGCACACUUUUACAUCUCGCGGAACGCGUUCGUGGUAAUCUUUGGGGUGGAGAGUAUCAUAUUAGUGAUCAUGUGCCUUGGCAAUCAUGGUAAUUAA